CGGGACUCAUUCUGUUUGAUUUAGAAUGUUCUACAUGUGUAGAUUCUGCAGACCUGUAUCUUGAUUGGUUUGAGAAUAACUGUCUCUGUGGUUUGUGGGUGUGUUUGGUAGGAUAUGCAGUGCGUGACAAUACAGAUGGAACCACCAACAGAAGAGCCAACACCUGCAGGAGGUAUUCGCAGCUGGCUAAGAGGAAUCUGGAACAGAUUUUGUGUCCAGCCAUCAAAUGAGAUGAAGCUGCCCGAUGAUAAAAAUCCAUCAAUAGUGUGGGAUCCAGAUAAGAAAAGGUGGACACAUGUAGAUGGAGAUGGAGGAGAUAGCUUGCCCCCACUACGUAGAGCCUCAGAACUCUCCAUAAUGGCACAGAGUGUGUAUCCUGCAUCUGGUUCAAAUGUGGACAGACUGACAGGGCCAGGGAGAGGUAGCAGUUCAAGAGACAUAAUAAUGGAGUACUACCGUGUUGUGUACAUUCAGGCAUGCUCUUACAUAGCUCCAGUCCUGUUGCCUAAUGAAUCGUAAUGAAGAGGAAAUCCUCAGCAGUAUUGAAGUUCGGCAUGUGAUGAGUGAUAUUUCGGCCCCAUUUUUCAGAUGUUAUGCCUUUGUAAUUCAACUUAUAAUAUUAAUAGUUAAUUAGAAUCUAUGCAUUAAAUGAUAUUUAUCAUUGAAACAAACACAUGAAUAUAAGCAGAUUAUAUGAUAAGCUGCUACAUAUUUGACCAUUUUUAUCAUUUUUAAGGUCUUCCAAAAUAUAAUCUUAAGGAAUAUGUUUUCAUAUCUGCAGGUGUGUCAUCACUUGACUUCUGUGGCAUUACUAAAUACAUGUAGGAAAAUGAACGCAGUUAGAACUCCAUUCUUCACUUCUGUAUCCUUCAGAGUAAGAUGCCCAACAUUCAGAAACAGUUCCUUUACAGUUUUGCAUCCACCUCAACUGUCAGCAAAUUACUUUAGUUGAGGUAACAUGCUUUGUUUUGUAUGGCACCAUGUUUUGACCUUCUCAGGAUUAGAAUGAGAAAGGGUGGAAAAAUAGAAAUAAAACGAAAAUGUUCAGGGGAUCAUUCUUUAGAAGGAAUUGUUCCUGAUAUAUAUCUUGGUGUUGAGGAAGGUUAAAAGAUCAAGAGUCAUGCCAAUCAUAAGUAGCAAAGUGAUAAUGCUGAGAGGCAGACAAAUGGUCGGUUGAAUAACUGCAAAGAAACUGCAGCUGAUACUCAAAAACAUGUGAGUUAAUACAUAAGAUAAAUGCAAAGUGAACACUUGUUAUAAUAAUGCUCGUAGAAGCAAACAGUGCUUGCUGACACAAUACACACCAUAUACUUGAUUAAGAGGGCAAUGUGUUUAGUAAUUUUUGUUCCUGACUACUCACUUGCUGGUCAGAAUUACCAUUCUGUCAGCAGAUGACUUUGUGGGUUGCCUCUCAGAAGCUUUAAGUGAUCAGGUAUUUUGGAUAUUAAUAUUGGUAUUUAGUAAAUGUCUCUCUGUAUUCAUUUUAAAUUCACUGAAGUGUUACAAUUUUAUGUUUCUUAGAAGAUCUGGAUGGAAGAACUUAAUAUGAUGAUGAUGUGUUACACUUUGUUCCCUCUAGAAAGAUCUGAAGACUUCCUGUUUGUUAGAUACUAAAAUGCAGUGAAAUCUAUGACCAAUAUGCUGGUGGUAAUAAUGAAUGGACAUUGCAAAAGGCAUCGUAAUGCUGCAUUGUGUCUUUACAUUUAUCAAAAUUAAGUUUUGAUGAAAUUACACUAAUUCCAGUACAGUCUACUGUCUUUUACAGCUAAGAGUUCUAACUCUGUGUUGCUGCUUCUCCAACUUGAACAUGCCUUUGCAAUUAUUCUCUCCUUGAGAGCCUUAAUUGCUUCUUCAUACUGAUGCCAAGUUUUUCAUAGUCCAGAUGCCUUCACACACCAGGCUAUGAAAUUAAUUACGUAUCGUGUCACAAUAAUAUGAAGAAUAAAUGCAGAUUAAUUUCCUGACAGCUUCUGCAAUACAUAAUAUAUGGGCGGGUGAUUCUUAAUUGCGUGCAUUUCAUUUAAGGAUUGUGUUCUACUCCUGAAUUCAAUCCAAGAUGAAACUCCUAUGACCAAGUGGUCACAAGUGCCUUUUUAGAGGGCGCAGCAAUGAAGCACCAGUUUUAAAGUAAUGUUGGGACAGGAAUAACUGAUGAUCCCAUAUCACCUUAUGUGUUAGUGUUUCAACUCUUAGCACACCUUAUUUACAUUUCCAACAGAAUUACCUCAAAUACUGUUGGAUGUGCCAUUGACAAUGUAACAAACUGUGUGGUUUACACAUGGUGAAGCUCCUGUUCAUUUUACCUGCAACAUAAAGCAGCUUUUGGACUCUCAUCACACACAUUGAUGGAUGAGAUGAACCAAAUUGAUUUUGUGGCUUCUGUGGCCUGAUUUUACACCUAUAAGCUUCUACCUGUUAGGAUAUAUCCACUCGGCCAGUCAAGUGCUAGAGACUACAAGUUGCAUUUGAGAAAUCACUAUUUCAAGCCAAGAAGUGGAGGAAAUAUGCUUUAACAUUGAAAUCAAUGUUCUUCUCCAAUUGCGCAGACAAUUAAAAAGCAAAAUUCUGACAAGGCUUUUCUUGGUCUAAUGUACAGAGGGACAUGUGUGGAACUUGCAGCAACCAUUCUAGGUGAUGAACAGUGAACUAUUUGUUAUUUUCAUAUUGAUGAUCUUUGCUAAAAGAUGUUUAUAAUAGGAAGACACAAUCAGCAUUCUAAUACACUGAAUUAAAACUCUGAGACACUUGUGUCCCUCUAUAACCUUAACAUAACAUUUUCUGCUGUCACAUUUUCUUCAAUACAAUGUGAGCUCUGGAAACAAAUUUGUAAGCUCAAAACUCUGUACAAGAAAAUAUUCUAAUCUGUGUUGUCAAAAAUAUAAAUACAUGAUGGGAGAAUGA